AUGAGAGCUCUAUUAGGAGCUCACGAUGUUUGGGAGAUUAUGGAUGAUGGAUACGAGGAGCCGGCGAAUGAGGAAUCGCUAUCCCAACAACAAAGGGAUAGAUUAAGGGAUUCAAGAAAGAGAGAUAAGAAGGCUCUCUGUCUCAUCUACCAAUCAUUGAGAGAUGAUGAUUUCGAGAAAAUCUCGAAUGCCACCACCACCAAAGAAGCAUGGGAGAAGUUUCAAGUCUCGUGCAAAGGAGCCGAGCAAGUGAAAAAGGUAAAGAUGAAGGUUCAUGCAACUGUCGUGGUGAAUAUGGGAGAGGUCGUGGCCAAGGACCAAAUCGAGGCCGAGGAUAUGGACGUGGACGAGGAGCUCCACUUCGAUCCAAUUCCCGUCGUCAUCAUCACCCUCGUCUCGAGCAACAAACAGUGCUCACCGGCGAGUUCCCUUCCCCGUUGCUGCCGCUCCAUAGCUACAACCACCGCCCGAGAGCCAUAG